AUGGAUUCUUGUCCUAACUUUAGUUUAGGACUUAGUCAGUUAGAUUCUAAAAAACAAGAUAUCCCCGUUGGGUUUGUUCCUGGUACAUUUGAUUUUGAAGAAUCCAAUUUUGCAGAGAAUCGUUCAAACUAUCAAAAUGAUCUGACAAUAAUGAAGAAAUUGAAGGAAGCAGCCAGUUCUAGAUUGAAGAAGUCAAGUUCAAAAGCGGCCAGUAAGAAGAAGUUUGACGAUUCCGGUCAACCACGUCUUUCAAAGGUUGCCAACUAUUUGAACAUCAAGAUCCUGCUAGUUCUCACCUGUCAGACUGUGGCUGACAUGAUCAAAGGAAAGACUUCAGAGGAGAUCUGCAAGACCUUCAACAUCAAGAAUGACUUCACACCAGCAGAGGAGGAGGAGGCCAUGAGGGAGAAUGCUUGGGCCUUUGAGUAA